AUGGUCAAGACCGCCCUUCUCCCUCUCACUCUUCUCGCUGCACUGGCUCCCUUUGCCGCCGCAAGGAACUGCAAGACUGGGCUGAACUACUGUGGUUGGAACCUCUUGAACAUUGGCAACUACGGGGCCCAGGUCAAUGGCGCCCUCGAGGUUGCCGGCCAGCCCACUGACGACGGCCAUAUCCGUGAAUCCCUCUUUCACUGCAAUGGUGGCGACAAUGGUGAUAUCUCCUUCAUCACCUACUGCGGUGGUGGCUGCAGGGAUGGCGGCAAUGACCGCAGCGACUACUGCUAGAGAGUUGGCUUCUGCAUUGGUACCUUGACUCCUGACUGAAGGUGUGAUAUGGAUGCGGACAUUGUACUUUGAUCGAUCCUUUUGGUCGUAUUAUACAACAGUAUAGUGGAAGUCUUAGUUUUUAAAGAGAUAUUGAAAUUUGGAAGAUUGAGUUGGGUAGCUUCAUGUCAAAGAUAAAACUUACCAUGAUAGGAAUGUGAUAUUUAUAUCAGGAUC